AUGUUCACAAUAUAUUCAAUUAGAAUAUAUAAUCUCUUAAUGGUAAUGCUUGUUACUGUGUUUGUUAUCCCCUUUUUAAGUAUAUUUCUGGCAACUUUUAAGUGUGAAGGAUAAAUGGAAUGUGAUUCAAUCCUUUAUUACAUAAUGGUAAUAUUAUCUUCUUUAGGAAUUGUAAUGUUAUCUAUUUGUUUAGUCUUUUUUGAAAUUUUCUUAGUUGAUUAUAAGUAGAUUUUUAUGAUUAUUUUAGCCCAUUUACUCCAAUCCCAUAUGCAUCUAAAUACACAAAGUUAAAUUGGAUUGAAUUAAUAUUUAAGAUUUAUUUGCCAUUUUUUGCUGUUAUGGAUCCAUAACAAGAUGCUGAAAAACCAUUUAUAACAAUAUUAUGUAUAAUGUAUGCAAUGAUGAUCACAAUGAGAUUAAAGACAAGGUAAUUCAUUGAAAAUAGUGUGAAUAUAAGUAAGUUGAGUUAAACCUCUUUAUUAUUUUGGACUUCUUUUGUAUCAGUUUGUCAUGCUUAUUUAGAUUAAGGAGAAAUUGAUGAUAUGGGAUUUUUUUAUGAAGUAGUAUGUUCACCUCUUGUUGUAUAUUGUUGCUUUAAAUUAAAUAAAAGUCCUGAAUUAAUAACUCAUAUGAAAAAAGAUAUAUAAUUAGAAGAAACUGUUUAAGAAAUGAUAUUUUUGAUAGAAAAUAGAGAAAAACCAAUAAAUAGAAUGAAAUUAGAAGGAUUUGUAAAAUUACAUUAAAAAGAUUGUUUAAAAUCUGUUGAAUAAUGUCCAUGUUCUUUAAUACAUUAAGAUACUUUAAGAAAUUAAGAUAAUGAAAAAACUAAUGAUAAAUAAUCCUUAGAUAAGACUAUAAGAUGGUAUGCUUUUGUUUAAGCCCUUAUUUAGAAUUCGUCUGAUAGACUUCAGACAACAAGAAUUUAAAUAAUUCGAUCAUAUGUAUUAUAAAAAAAGUUAAAAAAUAAAUUUAAAUCAUUUUAUGAAUUGGCUAUUGCACAAAAAUAAAGACUAUAAUUCUAAGAUGAGUUUUGUAUUUACAGAGUAAUGAAUUAAAUUGAAUUAGAAAUGAUUGAAUAAGAUAAGAAUUAAGAGAUAGAUGUGUAAUAAAUAGUAAACUUUUAAAACUACUAUAUUCAAUUUGAAACAGCAAUUGAGAAAUCAGUUAAUUUGCAUUUAGAAUAUUGGAGAGAAUUAUAAGAAGAGUCACCAGAUAUUGGGAAAUUGUAAUAAUUGGGAGCAUCAAUAACAUCAUCAAUUGAUGAGACAGAGCAACUUUAUGAUAAAUUAAUUAAAAUAAAUAGUAUCCACUUAAAAACACUAGAAAUAUAUGGAAAUUUUUUAACUCAUGUAGUAAACAAUGAUAUUGAAGGAACUAGAAUAAUAGACAAAUCAGAUUAAAUAAGUAAGAAUUUAGAAAUCAAUCGAAUUAUUGAUAGUGAAAAAUUUAAAUAUGAUUAAAAUAGUGAUACUUGUAUUAUUACAUGUUCAGUUAAUAUUGAGAAUUUAGGUGCUAUUACAAAUUGCAAUAAUGAAAUAUAAAAAUUAUUAGGUUAUAAAAAAGCUGAUUUAUUAAGAUCAAAUGUAUCAAGAAUUAUGCCUAGAAUUUUGGCUAGUGUUCAUGAUGAUUUUAUAAGAAAUUUUAUUUAAACAAGUUAAAGUAAAGUUUUGGGAAUAGAAAGAUAAGUAUUUGCAUUAAAUAAAAAUGGAUUUUUAGUUCCUUGUUCUUUAAUGAUUCGAGUUUUACCAAAUUUAAAGAAUGGAUUAUAAAUAGUAGGAUUCUUAAAGAAAAGUGACAAUACUGAUAAAUUUUUUUAUCUUAUGUUUGAUGAGUUAUCACAUUCUAUUUUAGGCUUUAGUGAAUCUGUUUAUGAUAAAUUUGGUGUUCCAGCAGGUGUUGCCAAUGGUUAAUUAGAUCUACCUAUUAUUGAUAUAGCACCUGAACUCAUUGAAUUUUGUAAAAAAUAAGGAGCCUUCAAUUUUACAAUUGAUACAACAGGAUUAUCAAAUAAUUAUUAAAUUGUAUAAGAUGAAAGUUUAGAAGAUAUAUAAUAAUAGGAAGAUUAAUCUGCGUUUUAUGGUAUUUCAAGAGAUCCCUAUGAAUAAAAUAUAUUAUUGGAAAGAAAAGAAUAUAGUUAAAUAAAUGAGAAAACUGCAAAUAAUGAUAAAUCAAUGAUUAAUGAUAAGACUAUUAUUCAUGAAACAAAAUAAAAUACUCAUAAAUCAUAAAAAUACAAAAGUGCUUUAGUAAAAGGAUUACUAGUUGAAGACUCUGAAUAUGCCAAUGCAAAAAUAAAAAUCAUUUAAUUUAUUGAGGAAUCUUAGGAAGAAUUAUUAAAUAAAGUAAUUGAAGACAAGAAAUUAGAAGAAGAAUAACCAGAUAUUGUAGAAAAUGUAAUAUAAUCAGAAGUAAGUGGAGGGUCAGGUCUAUCUGUUAAUGAAGAAAUUAGAUAAAUAAAAGAAUUCAAAAUAUAAAUGGGUGAGAAAUCUGAAGCUUCUAAAAUUAUUGUGUUAAAUAGAAUUGUCAUUGUUUUAUCCACUAUUUUAAUAGUUUUAUCAUCAAUUCAAUUAGGAUAUCGAUUAUAAUAAAAUGAUGAACUUUUAAAUGGUCAUUCUGCCAUAACAAUGGCCUAUUAUAGAACAGGUGUAAUGGCUGAUGUAGUAUUCUAUACUAGAUACUUAUAAUUGAUGGCUUAUGGUAAUGUUACAUAUGAUCAAAGUUUUAGAGACAAAGUAAAUUUUUAUAUCAUUUAUUUUAGUUAAGUUUAUAAGUUAAUCAACUUAAGUCUAUUUAAUAUUCUCUUAUCAAGUCUCGAAUUGAUAUGGAAGCUAAGAAAAAUGUAUUUACUGAUACUACUAUUAAUGUGACUUACUUAUAUGAUAAUGUAGAAUAGAAUUACUCAAGUUCCUUAAGUGAUGCUAUAUUUUAAUUAGUAACAUCUGCUUCUAUUAUAAGAAAUGCAUCCUUGUUAUCUUUUAUUGAUCCCAAUAGUGUAAUUUAUUUAUAUAAUUAAAUAGACUGAAAAUACUGUUAAAAAUGUAUUCUUUAUUAUUAGAAAUGGAUAUCAAUUACUAAGAUAAGGAUCCUAAGAUGUUUCAGAAAUCUAUUAUGACUUUUUUGUUUUCAUAAUUGGAGACUAUGAUUCAAUUUUUUAUGCAGUAUUAUCAUUAGCCAUAGCAUCAUUAGUAAUUGCUUAAUUCUUUUUGGUACCUAUUGUUUUAAAAGUUCAUAAUAUCAAUAAUAAAGUGAUGUCCUUAUUUGGAUUAUUGACUUAAAAGGAUAUUAAAGAAUUAGCUUAGAGAAGUGAAUAAUUUAAGAAUACUUACCUUUCAAAUAUGCAAAAUACAAUAAAAGAAUAGGCUUAAGCAAAAGCUGAAAUGGAGAAAUUAUAAGAAAAGCAUAAGAAAAAUAAAAAUUAAGAAUAAAUUGAUUAAUCAAAUUUAAUUGUUGAAAUUAAUAAUGAAUAACCAUAGCCAUCUAUUGAUGCUCCAUUAUCUUUGAAUUAAUAACCAUUGCCUUCAUCUUUACCAACACAUAAGAAUAUCGAUAAAUUAUAGUUACAACAGUAAUAAGAACAUGAUGAAUAAUAAAUUUUAGACUCAGAAGCAAUGAGAUAAUAAAAACUUUUAAAUUCUAAAGCUUCAAAUACAUUUUCUGUAUCUAUUAAAUUUAUUCUCAUGAUGAUGAUAUUUAUGGCCUACUUUAUAAUUAAUAUCACAUUAGAAUAAUAAUUAACUGAUUAAUCUGUUAUAAUAUAUAACCAUUUGAAAUAUAGUUCUAUAAGAGCUUAUAAUCUAAAAUAUUCAAUUUAUUUUACUUUGGAAUAAAUCCUUUAAUCUACCAAUUAUAAAGAAGAAUAUAUUGAAGCUUUAUAUGAAAAUGAAAGACUUUGUUUAGAAUCAUUAUAAUAAUCAUUCUCAUCAAAGUUUGAUCCAUAUAUUUCUCUCUAUAAUUAAUUCAAUUUACAAAGCUUAUGUCUAUAAUCAUUUUCAACUGAAUAAUUUGUUUUAGAUGUAAAUCAAUGCUCAAUUCUAUCUGGAGGUAUUUUGGAUAGAGGUUUAAGAAAUUCUAUCACAUCAUUAGCUUUGUGGGCUAGUAAUACUAUAUCCACAGAUAUUAAGAUAUUAGAUAGUUAAUAAGUGAAAAACUAUAUUGAAUAAGUUUAUUACAUUGAUUAAGCCAUAGUAUAUUUAAAUACAUAAUACUCUUUAGGAAUGGCAGAUUUUGUAGAAUCUGAACAAUAAAUAGAGAAAAUUAAAUUUUCAGUCUUUAUUAUUGGAUUAGUAUUCAUAUUUUUAUUCAUUUGGACACCCUACAACAAAGAAAUGAGUAGAUAAAUUUGGAGAACAAAAGGUAUGCUAAACAUGAUUCCAUUUGAAAUGAUAAAGGCAUAAGAAACUUUGAAAAAUGCAUUUCUUAAAGGAAAUAUUAUAGCAGCUGUUAAAUGA